CAAACGAUUGGUUGGUAUUUAAAUAGGCGUGGUCUCUGCCAGAACGCUGAAUUCCGUGGUUGUGAAGGAAUUUAAACGUAAAGAUUUUCGGUUGUCGAUUGUUGUUGAUUUGGAUCGAUUGUCUUCCGGCAGCCCUAAUACAAAUACCAAAGCAUGUUUUUAUUUAUCAAUUAUCACACCGCUAUAAAUUCCAAUAGCCUUUUUAAUACAGCCUCUAUUGACGGAAUAAAUGAGAUCACAUUGGGUUGCCUUUAUUUCUCCCACGAUGGGGAAAUUGUGAUUGUUACAGCAGCAUAGGAUCAUCGAAGACGUCACAGACGAAGAUGAAACAUAAAAGGCAUAAUCAAAGCGUCUACGCUGAAGAGACAAAGGCACCAAAAAUAAAAUAAAAACGACUGAAUGAGUAGAACUAUCCAAAAUGCAGAGCAGAGGAGACAACAGCGAAGUCAUCAAAAACUACCACAAGAAGGCGUUCGAGUAUAUUUCCAAGGCCAUCGGGAUCGACGAGAACGAUGCAGGCGACAAAGAGGAGGCUGUGCGCUGGUACAAGAAAGGCAUCGCCGAGCUGGAAAUGGGGAUCGCGGUCGAGAUCACGGGGCCAGAUGAGCAAUAUCAGCGGGCGAAGAGACUCCAGGAUAAAAUGAUCGCCAAUCUCACGAUGGCGAGAGAAAGGAAAGCUCUUCUAGAGGCGACGCUGAGGUCCACGUCCAUGGCCAGACCUCCCACUCCAAGGACCUCAAACCCAGUGCCCACCCAAUCAAAGACUGUUCCCCGGGUCCAGCCUGCACUACGAGGCGUUCCCGGUAACGCCAGACCGUCGACGUCCACCAGACCGCCAUCGAGGUGCACGGAACUGAGGGUGACUCCAGCGAUCGGAAAGAACCAGAACGGCAAGCCUCAGAAGAGAGAACUUAAAAACUUCAAGAAUGUAGACAGCAAACUUGCUCACUUGAUUCUGAAUGAAAUUGUUGACACUGGCGUCUCGGUGACAUUUAAAGAUAUCGCCGGACAAGAGCUCGCCAAACAAGCACUCCAGGAGAUCGUCAUCCUACCAGCCAUCAGACCUGAGCUCUUCACCGGCUUGAGAGCACCCGCUCGUGGUCUACUCUUAUUUGGGCCGCCUGGAAAUGGGAAGACAAUGCUUGCAAAAGCCGUGGCAGCUGAAUCCAAAGCCACAUUCUUCAACAUCAGUGCUGCUAGUUUAACAUCUAAAUAUGUGGGAGAGAGUGAAAAGCUGGUGCGGGCGUUGUUCGCAGCAGCCAGAGAACUGCAGCCCUCCGUCAUCUUCAUCGAUGAAGUCGACAGCCUGCUGUGUGAAAGGAGGCAGGGGGAGCAGGAGUUCUCACGCCGAUUGAAAACAGAGUUCCUGAUCGAGUUUGACGGGGUUCAGUCUGGAGGAGAUGACAAGGUGCUGGUGAUGGGUGCGACCAACCGACCUCAGGAGCUGGAUGAAGCAGCUCUGCGGCGAUUUGCUAAGCGUGUUUACGUCACCCUUCCUGAUCUUAAGACACGAGCCAUGUUGCUGGAGUCUCUUCUGGCAAAGCAAGGGAGCCCGCUGAACAGAAAUGAGCUGGCCGAGCUCGCAAAAGACACGGCUGGUUACUCUGGGAGCGACCUGACUUCACUAGCCAAAGAUGCUGCCCUGGGGCCGAUCAGAGAGCUGGGUCCUGACCAAGUCCGCAGUAUGGCUGCGAGUCAGAUCCGCAACAUUAAGAUGAAAGACUUCAAGGACUCCCUGAAGCGAAUCAAAUCCAGCGUGAGCCCGUCCACUCUGGAGGUUUACAACAAAUGGAAUACAGACUUCGGCGACACUACAGCUUGUUGAUUUGUCACUGCUAGAGAAAAGAAUCAGCUGAAACAGUUUGAACUUAUUCCCUGUUUUGUGGGAAAUCUCUAUGAAUGCCAGGCUCUGGGUUUGUUUUGAGAAUGUGACCGAUCUUUAGCCUCUAGAGGGCAGUAAAGGCUUUUUCUUUUUAAACUUUCACUGCAUCACUGUCGAUACCAUGUCGCAUUUCGUCUCCAUAACUCUAAAGAUAAGCCUAAUGAAUCUGGUAACAAUCACCCAUCAACACUGUUUUCAUUUGCUUUAAUAAAUAAGACGUGUUAUUGA